AUGGCGCUUGUAGUUCUGAAGAACUUUUUUUGCUGCUGCGAGACCUCCAAAGAUGACACUCAGGACUUGGGUUACGAUGAGUCAUCACGUUUGAUACCCCCAACCAUUGAUGAAUCUCCUCAAGUCAUAUACUCACAUAUUACUCAAAUCGAUUACAAGAAACUACAAGAGCGCCUCAGCGAUGUGGUUCGCGCAAAAGAGGGUAAAAUGGUUAAUGUAGCUUCUCAAAUUCCGUUCAAUCUUCACAACCAAGUACUCCCUGAACCCCAGCAAUCUGUAUCUCGCUCGACGUCUAGAUCUUUCGAUGGUCAACAUGACCGUCGUCGCUAUGCAGAUUAUUCCGAUUUCUCUCCAUACAGGGACUCAGAUCGCCGUAGACAAAGGGAUGAAUACGGUACGCUAGGAAACAUCUAUGGGCGAAGAACUACCAGCCGUUCUCUUUCCCCUUCCAAUUUACGUGCUGCUGGAUCAAGCAUCUAUCCGUAUCGUUCCGACGUUGUGGAACAUGCUAGACCCACCCCCAUACUGAACGUUCGUUUAGUUGGAUACACAGACACACAGUAUCGGGGUAGGACGCGUGAAAGAGGUCUUGUACCCUCUGGGAUCCCAUCAUCCAUGCAUCACAAGGCCCAGCUUCAAGAUGAAUCUUCUAUGGCUACUCCAACGCGCGCAACGUUCUCUGAAUCCAAUAAUCGUUCUGACAAUGAGCAAGUUCCAAUUGGUAUGACUUCGAAAGUGUUCAAAUUAAUCGACGUCAGUCCUAUGACCGUGAGUUGGGGUGAUUAA